AAAUCCCACUUUUAACCAAAAUUAAAAAAGCCAAUUAAAAAAAUCUAGUCUUUCCUUUCGCUUUCUUCUCUCUCGUCAUCGCUGUAAAUAAGUUUCUCUCUCUGGGGGCUCAUGGAGGUUUGAUCAAUAUUCCCCCAUAAACAAGAUUUCUCAUCCUUCAUAAAAACAACAUUACGUAUUCCUACCAGAAGGAAACACUUUCGAGGUGGUGUUUGAUGGGGGCGUAUUGAUUCUUUGUGGGAUAUACCUAUUUGGGUUUUCUUAUUCCUCCUUCAAGAAAUAUCUAGAACGGGGUGCUCGAUUCAUCGCAUUCUAAGGGAUUGUUUUUUGGCAGAUUGGGGAUUCAACAGAAGUUCAUCGGAAGGCAAACCUGCAGAGACUAAUUGGUUUUGACCGUUACAACCAAUUCGUUUCGGGGUCUCAGAAACCUCGUUGGAGUUGUUGGUAGUUUGGUGAGAAGGAAGAAACUCUGCGAAGACAUGUCGAUUUCAGUUGAGUGAUUUCGGAUUGAUUGAGGUUUGACCAAACCUUCUGCGGAUAUAUCAUUGGGUGAAUUGUCUUGACGUGUGAAGUUUUGGACCCUUUUAUGAAUCUGAUUCCUAAGUGAGGCUGAUUUGCUUAAGAGGGAGCCAUGAGGUUUCUAAGCCUUGUGGGGAAUUCUUUCGGCUGUUCAGCCUCUGGGGAGAGAUUGGUUUCUGCAGCAAGAGAUGGCGACAUUCAAGAGGCCAAAGCCUUAUUGGAAUAUAAUCCUCGACUCGCGAGGUACUCUACUUUUGGAGUUCGAAAUUCCCCUCUGCAUUACUCUGCAGCUCAUGGCCAUCAUGAGAUAGUAUAUCUCUUGCUGGAAUCUGGAGUUGAUAUAAAUCUCAGAAACUAUCGGGGUCAGACUGCAUUGAUGCAAGCUUGUCAACAUGGUCACUGGGAGGUGGUACAGAUCCUGAUUCUGUUCAACGCCAAUAUUCAUAAAGCGGAUUAUCUUAAUGGAGGUACGGCACUGCACUUGGCUGCUUUAAAUGGCCAUUCCAGGUGUAUCCGUCUCCUCCUUGCAGACUACAUACCCAGCAUCCCUGACUUUUGGAGUAAACUGCAGAAAGGUGAUCAUAAAUCGAUCCCUGACUUUGAUGACAGUGGUCUUCGCGAGGUAAUUAACAGAACUUCUGAUGGAGGGAUCACUGCUCUGCAUAUGGCAGCAUUGAAUGGCCAUGUUGAAAGUGUGCAAUUACUCUUAGACCUGGGAGCUUAUGUGUCUGAGGUUACUGUAGAGGAUGGAACUACAAUUGAUCUAAUUGGUGCUGGGAGCUCCCCCCUCCAUUACGCUGCGUGUGGCGGAAAUGCUCAAUGCUGUCAACUUUUGAUUCUCAAAGGAGCCAGUCUAACUGCUGAAAAUGCAAAUGGAUGGACCCCCUUGAUGGUUGCUCGUUCAUGGCAUAGAAAUUGGCUCGAGAACAUGUUGACCAAUGGGCCAGAAGAAGACUUGCAAGUUCUUCCUUCGCCAUAUUUAUCUCUUCCACUUAAGAGCAUUGUGAAAAUUGCUAGAGAAUGUGGGUGGAGGGCAGUUGAAACAACAGCACCAUGUUCUGAUCCAUGUUCUGUUUGUUUGGAAAGGAAAUGUAUGGUAGCUGUGGAAGGUUGUGACCAUGAGUUCUGCACACAAUGUGCUUUGUAUCUUUGUUCAACAAACUCAGCUCCAACAACUAAUCAAGGACCGCCAGGCUCAAUUGCAUGUCCACUUUGCCGGCACGGCAUUGUGUCGUACGUCAAGCUUCCUGACACGAGACCGUUGAUGAAGGAUGUGUCCCGGAUCGCAAACUUGUCCCUAUCGUUUUGCACCUGUUCCAGUGAGAUAUUGGAGCCUGAAGAGGAGCCUCCCAGCAUGAAAACCCCCUUUUGCAAGCCAACUCACCGGGUUUCCCAUUCUGCUGCUUCGUUCCGCUCCCUGAGCUGCCAGAAGUUCCCUUCUUUCAGGCUCAACUCGAGCCUGUGCUUGGGAGCCGAUGUUAGCUCCUCCGUGGUUCCUAACCGGAGUCUGAGGAGCCACUUGCCGCGAUGUCCUGGUUCUGGUUUUAGAAGAACAUCUUCUGCCCAAGAGGGAAGAAAGUCAUCCUCUUGGUUUUGUUCACUGAAUCAAUCUGUUGCCACUGGAGAUGGAUUCUGAUUUUAUUUUGGGGUCUCUUUUCUCUUCUUAAUUCAUUCCGCAAGUUUUAGCAGUGCCCGGCCUACAAGCCCUUUAAAAAUCCCAUGAUGCAAAGCUCCAAACCUCUAUUGAUAGUCCAUAUUGGCUUGUAAAUACAAUACCACCCAUUUGUUCAGCAGAGGAAAAAAAAUUGCUUCUUUUUUCGACCGAAGUUCACACUUCAGUUUCUAGACAACCCCCCCCCCCCCAAAAAAAAUUUCUGUAGGGAAAUUCAAUGUUUAAGGAUAAAACCUACGUAGUGCAGAGACAUUAUUCAAAAUGUGCUACACGCGCAUGUGGUGUUUGCCAUGCGAGAAAGCUGCUGGUUACACGCGUCUUAUGUAUUCUCUCACAGUUAUAUUCUGCAAAUUCCUGUACUGGUCUUCAAGAUUAUGUCAAAAUUACAGCGUAUUUUUGGGAAAUCUUGAAUUUGUUACCAA